AAGUUGUUUGUACAGUUUCAGCAUAAUUAAACAUGGUUGAGAUUUUAGAAUGCAGAACUUUGGUGAAGCUGUUGGUUUUAUGUCAUUUGAUUUUUUCGGUAGCUGUGUCGAAGGUCGAAGGUCGAAUCCGGCAUUACAGAUGGGAGGUGAAGUAUGAGUACAAAUCUCCAGAUUGCUUUAAGAAGCUGGUCAUAACCAUCAAUGGGGGAACCCCAGGACCAAAAAUAUUGGCUCAGCAAGGUGACACAGUUGUAGUUGAGCUUAAGAACAGCUUGUUAACGGAGAAUGUAGCGAUCCACUGGCAUGGAAUUCGACAGAUUGGAACACCUUGGAGUGAUGGAACAGAAGGUGUGACUCAAUGUCCUAUUUUGCCUGGAGAUAUCUUCAUAUACAAAUUUGUUGUGGAUAGGGCUGGAUCAUAUCUAUACCAUGCACAUUAUGGAAUUCAAAGAGAAGCCGGGUUAUAUGGAUCGAUUAUUGUAUCGGUUCCUAACGGAGUUUCUGAGCCCUUUGUCUAUGAUUAUGACAGAAGCAUUAUCCUUAAUGACUGGUACCACAAAAGUACUUUUGAACAAGCUACUGGCUUGUCCUCCAUACCUUUUGUUUGGGUUGGGGAGCCUCAGUCACUUUUGAUUAAUGGAAGAGGGAGAUUCAACUGCUCUCUACUAGCAACUCCUAGCCUAGAAGCCGGGGUCUGUAACGCGACAAAUCCUGAUUGUUCUUCCUAUAUUCUGACAGUAAUCUCCGGAAAAACAUACCGAUUAAGGAUUAGUAGCUUGACCUCUCUAUCAGCUCUAAAUUUUCAAAUUGAGGGUCACAAUAUGACUGUUGUUGAAGCCGAUGGGCAUUAUGUGGAGCCAUUUGAGAUCCAAAACCUAUACAUUUACUCCGGCGAGACCUAUUCUAUCCUGGUAAAGGCAAACCAAAACCCAUCAAGAAACUACUGGAUGACUACAAACGUUGUUAGUCGGAAACCUGCAACCCUAACCGGCCUAGCAAUCCUCAAUUACUAUCCAAACUACCCCAAGAAAUCUCCUCCAACUCUUCCGACCGCAGGCCCCCUAUGGAACGAAACUGCACAAAGAUUGGCACAAAGUCUUUCACUCAAAGCCCACAAAAAUUUCACUCACACUCCUCCUCUCACUUCAGACAAAGUGAUUGUGCUUCUCAACACACAAAACAAGAUAGAUGGAGUCCACAGAUGGUCCGUAAACAAUGUAUCUUUCUCUCUUCCCCACACACCUUACUUAGUAGCCCUAAAAGAAAAUGUAAACCUAAACCGCGUUUUCGACCAAAACCCUCCUCCGGAAAACUACGACUUCGAGAACUACGACAUAUACAGCGUUGCUAAGAAUGUAAAUGCUACUUCAAGCAAUGGGAUAUACCGGUUGAGGUUCAACAGCACGGUGGAUGUUAUUUUACAGAAUGCAAACACUAUGACAGUGAACAACAGCGAGACGCAUCCGUGGCAUCUCCAUGGACAUGAUUUUUGGGUGCUGGGAUACGGGACAGGCAAGUUUGACAUCAAGAAGGAUGUUGGGAAGUACAAUCUUGUGAAUCCGAUUAAGAAGAACACGGUGCCGGUACAUCCUUACGGUUGGACUGCAUUGAGAUUUAGAGCUGAUAAUCCAGGUGUUUGGGCAUUUCAUUGCCAUAUACAGUCACAUUUCUAUAUGGGAAUGGGGGUGGUGUUUGAAGAAGGGGUGGAGAAGGUGGGAAAGCUGCCCUCUUCUGUUAUGGGCUGUGGAGAAACCAAAGGUUUCCAUUCACCGUAGAAAUUAGUGAUUCUUUUCUAAAGAUACGAGCAAAUCAUUUUUCCAUGUAUGAAUCAUAUUCAAUUUUAAAGAAAUUCAAUUAAACCUCGAAAAAUCGUGGUUGAGAGCGUCACUAACCCUCCGUUGGAA